CCUCUCUCUCUCUCUCACUUCUGCCUCAUUCCUUUCUCUCUCUAAAACCCUCUCUGCAAGGCUCCAACCAACCCCCCCUCUCUUUGUAUACGGAUCACCCGCACACCUGUCUCCAGUUCUUUGGUCGAUUUCACUUCCAUUUUAGCACUUUUCUUCAUUCUGAAGCUUCGCUGAAGAUUUUUUUUAUUUUUUUUUGGUUUCAUAAGUGCUUCGAUGAAGAUUUGCUUCAAUUAGAAUUGUAGAUUCUCGAGAUUUUUCUAUUUUUGUUGCUCGUUACAUCUUUCUCUAUUGCUUUGUUUAGGGUUUAUGCGAGUUUAGUUUUGGUACUUGUAAGCUUCGAUGUCGUCGCCUUCAUCGACGAAGGUUUGCUUCAAUUCGAACUGCAAAGAGUUGUUGGUGCAGUCCAGAAAAGGUUGGCGCCGACGCACCGGCGAGUUCGCCGACCUCUGUGAACGUUGCGCUUCUGUUUAUGAGGAGGGGAGAUUCUGUGAGACUUUUCAUGUGAAUGCUUCUGGUUGGAGGUCUUGCGAGUCUUGUGGGAAGCAAAUACAUUGUGGAUGUAUAGUUUCAUUCCACAUGUUUGUACUAUUGGAUGCUGGAGGAAUUGAGUGCAUUACAUGUGCGAGGAAAAGUUUCAUUUUGACGCCAAAUCCUGCAUGGCCGCCACCAUCUUUACUUCCUCUACAGCCUGAAAGAAUUAAAGAUCUGUCUGUCAAAAAUUGGAAUCCAUUAGCUGGAUCAGGCCCACUACCAUGGCGGCAAGCACCCAGUUUGUUCAAUGGUUCAACUACUCAGUCUGAGUUGCAGCCUAGGAUGCCCUUUGAAGUUGAAAUUUCAGGUGGCAUUGAUAAACUUCGUAUUAGUGAGCAUUUAUCUGCUUCGUGGGAGAAUAAGAAAAAAGAGGAAUCCCAUGGAAGAUUAUUGAACGGAAGCCUGAAGAGUGGUGUGCCAGAGAUACCAGAGAAUGGAAAUACUGGAAUCAACUGUGAUGGGCAAUAUAAUCCUUGUGUACAUGUUUCUCAGCAGUCCUUCUCAUCAAAAGAUGAGCCUUCUCCAAAUUUUAGUUUGGCUCUACCUUCUGAAUCCAAAAAUGAAAUGAACGACCAAACCAAGGUUUCUGGGAUUCACGUACAACGAAUUACCCCUCCUCCAGUUGGAAAACAAUUCUGUGGCCAUAAUGGUUUGGACUCAUCUGCUGAAGCUCCAAUGCGCAAUGGAAGACCCCGAGGAGAUUCCCGGGGACGAAACCAGUUACUUCCUCGGUAUAGGCCCAGGAUAACUGAUCAGGAGCUACAACAAAUAUCUGGAGAUUCGAACUCGGUAAUUACUCCUUUGUUCGAGAAGAUGUUAAGUGCUAGUGAUGCUGGGCGGAUAGGGCGUUUAGUGCUGCCAAAAAAAUGUGCAGAGGCCUAUUUUCCCCCUAUUUCUCAACCUGAAGGAUUGCCACUCAAAGUACAAGAUCUAAAAGGCCGGGAAUGGGUAUUUCAAUUCCGCUUCUGGCCCAAUAAUAACAGCAGAAUGUAUGUUUUAGAAGGGGUAACUCCUUGUAUACAGUCCAUGCAAUUGCAAGCUGGAGAUAUAGUGACAUUUAGUAGGGUAGAGCCUGAAGGAAAGUUGGUCAUGGGAUGCAGAAAGGCUUCCACUGCUCCUUCAUCAGAUCAGGGCAAUGAUGCUGUCAAUAUUGGUAAUGGGGUUUCUACCCUUGGAGAUGUUAGUGCUGCUAAGUCGGCAGAUCCGGCCAUUACUUUAUCCGAACUUGACAAGUCCGGAUACAUAGCGAAGGAAGUACUUGAGGCCAAGCCUUGCUCCCGUGUUAAGAGGAAAAACAGUACCUUGAUUUCAAAGGGUAAACGCCUAAGAAUUGAAAACGGGGGCAUGAUAGAGCUAAAGCUGACAAUGGAACAAGCUCAAGGAUUGAUCCGUCCAUCACCCAACCAUGUCCCUGCUAUUGUUGUAAUUGAAGAAUAUGAAUUUGAGGAAUAUGAGCAGGAUGCACCAGUUAUUGGGAUGCCUACAAUCCCUGCAACAGAUAAUACAGGUGAAAACAUCCAAUGGACUCAGUGCGAAGACUGUUUUAAGUGGCGCAAAGUGCCUGCCAGUGCUCUUCUUCCCUCAAGGUGGACCUGUUCUGGGAACUCGUGGGAUCCAGACAGAUCUGUGUGUGCCGUGGCUCAGGAAUUAACAUCUGAACAGCUUCAAGAUCUGCUACCCACGAGUAAUAAGGCUGCUUCUAAGAAAAUGAAGGCUGCUAAACAGGAUACAGAUUCAGUUGGCCCUUUGGAGGGGCUUGACACGCUUGCCAACCUUGCUAUCCAGGAAGAGGGAGAGGCCCUCCCAUCAUCAUCACAGGCCACAACAAAGCACCCACGCCACAGAGCUGGCUGUUCGUGCAUUGUCUGCAUUCAGCCCCCAAGCGGCAAGGGCCAUAAGCACAAGCAAUCAUGCAAUUGCAACGUAUGUGCAACAGUGAAGCGCCGUUUUCAUACCCUUUUGUUGAAACGUGGGAAGAAACAAUCAGAGAAGGAAGCAGAAACUGCACGUCAAAAGCUGCAGCAGGAACAGUUGCCCGAACAACUGCUGGAUGAUGACAUCCAGCAUUGUAAUGAGACAAGCAAUACUACCCCGAACCAUGAAAUAGGGAGCAGUGAGGGUUCUGAGAAUGACCCAACUGUGAGAAAAAACUCCAUUUCACCUUUUAAAGGUCAAAUUGACCUCAAUAUCCAACCGGAACGGGAGGAAGAGUUGUCACCUAGUUCAGAUUCUGGUGGUGUCAUGAGGUUGCUCCAAGAUGCCACGGAGAGGUAUCACAGGCAACAGAGGUUGUCAAACUCUAUUAGUAACGUGAAUUCAGUUGGCAAUCAGACACAGCAGGAUGGAAUUGGAGGGGCAAAUUUCAGCAACAAUAUUGCCUUUGACAGCAAUCAUCAGAAAACUGAAGCAAACCAUCAUAUGACUUUAACUAUGAACGCACCCGGAUCCACACCAACCACUGAUAGAUAAGAGGUACUUUUUUAUUCUAUGGCAUAGUGUAUAUCCUUGGAGCAGGUCUGGUGUGAUGACGGCGGAAAUAGCUUUGUUGUACAUUGAGACGGUUUGGCAUCAUCCUUCUUCAUAUAUGUACAUAAAGAGAUAGUUUUGCUGAUCUCUAUGCUGUAUUGCGAAAAAAUGAUAAUUCAACUUGAGUGGGUGGUGGGUCGAAGCUAGUUCUUUUUCAUCGUCGGAGCUCACCUUUCUGCCCAAUCGAUGAACUAGGUAGGAUGUAAUUAAGAUUACAUAUAUGUUUAUCUUUUCUUUAAGUAAUAGAACUCCCAGCAGGUUGUUUUUUACGCCAAACCUUGGUGUAUGCAAAUCUGUUUUGAAGCUGGAUCGAAGUCUGGUCGGGUGGUCCUGUUCUUGCUUGUGAUGAUUUUAAGUAUAUACAAGCUUAGACAUUAAUUUCUUGCUGUUCCAACAUGUGAAUUGUGGGUUUAUAGAGUGAUUGAAUUGCUGCAU